AUGUCUAGUAGGAAUCAUACAGAAGUGACUGAAUUUAUUCUCCUGGGGCUGAAGGUUCAAGCGGAGCUGCGUCCUAUCCUCUUUAUAAUGUUUCUGGCCAUCUACCUCAUCACCGUGGUGGGGAAUGUCGGCAUGAUUGUUCUCAUUCAAAUCACUCCCAGACUGCACAAUCCCAUGUACUUUUUCCUCAGCCAUCUCUCCUUCGUGGAUCUAUGCUAUGCCACCAAUAUCUCCCCUCAGAUGCUGGUGCAUUUCUUAUCAGAGAAGAAGACCAUUUCCUUCACUGGUUGUUUCAUUCAGUUUACUAUUUUCAUCUCUCUGGCCAUCACCGAAUACUACCUGCUAACGGUCAUGGCUUACGACCGCUACGUGGCGAUUUGCAGCCCACUGCUUUAUGGCAGUAAAAUGUCUAGGGGAGUUUGUGUCGGUCUGGUGAUGGCUACCUAUGUCUACGGCUUCCUUAACGGCUUGAUCCAGACGGCGCUGAUACUCCGUUUGUCGUUCUGCGGUUCUAAUGAAGUCAACCACUUCUACUGCGCCGACCCUCCUCUCUUAGUCCUGUCUUGCUCCGAUACCUUCGUCAAAGAGACCGCCAUGUUUGUGGUUGCUGGUUUCAACCUCAUCUGCUCUCUCUUGAUCAUUCUCAUCUCCUACGGUUUCAUCUUUGCUGCCAUCCUGAGGAUCCGUUCGGCUGAAGGGAGACUCAAAGCCUUCUCCACCUGUGGUUCCCACCUGACUGUUGUCACCAUAUUUUACGGGACUCUUCUCUGCAUGCAUCUAACACCCCCUACCGAGCGGUCGGUCGAACAGGGGAAAAUCAUUGCUGUCUUUUAUAUCUUUCUGUGCCCCAUGUUGAACCCUUUCAUAUACAUCAUGAGGAAUAAUGAUGUAAGAGAUGUUAUGAACAGCGUUCUCAAAUUUCAGUUGCUGACCAAAUAA